AGCGGGGCCAGCGGCAGAAGAAAGCCUGGCAGGAUCAUUAGGAGGGAGCUCUCCAGUAGAGACACAUACACAGUCCUACACAGUCAGUCAAAGAGAGCAGAGCAGAGGAGCGCUCUUCUACACCGGUGCCAGACGCGCGGACACUUUGUAGCCUGCUCGACUUUACGGUGAUUGAAGACAUUUCUUUAUUACCUUAGUGGAACUUAAAGCGGUUUCUGGUUUGGAUUAUACUUAACACAAAAGGACGUGUCUCUUUGCGCAGGUAGGCUUAAGAAAACUUUGAGUUGAUCGCUCUCCACGGACUCCUGUCAGCGUCCACAGCUCCAGGUUCUGUCAUUUCUCAUUUUUACGCAUCUCUUUGGAUUGAUUUUUAUCGACACAAAGACACCUCCACUUCAAAUUAUCCCUGGGUUGUUUUUACUCCACUUUGCAUUGAGCCUUUCCAGAAAUGGUGGGGCAUUUGCAUUUACAAGCGAUGGAUGAAAGUCUAAAAGGAAAGAACCGGGAAGGGCUGCUCGACAGUCCGGAUUCGGGUUUACCUCCGAGUCCCAGUCCGCCUUUCUGCUCCCUUUCUCCGGGGCUCAUCGAGUCGCGCUCCGGCAGCUGCACGACGCCUGACCACCACCAACACCACCAGAACUCAUACAACAGAAAAGAGGGCAAACUGCUGCCCUACCUGCUGCUCAACUCCACAGGUACCGACGCCAGGACCCGCAUGCACCCUGUGUUUUAUGGAGAGAGCAUUGAGGUCAACCCUACGUCAGAGCAAGAAAUCAAGUGCACCUCGGAGGUCAAGUACGACUCAGAUCGGCACUACCAGGACCAGGUUUACUGCGCCCCCGUCCCGACCCCCACCAGCUUUAGCGAGACUGUGGUGGCUGUCCGAAACUGCACAUGGAGGAGCUACAAGUCCCAGGUCUACCUCGAGCCUCGCCAGAAACCCCUGAGCUACCGGAGCACGACCAUCAUCUACCCCAAACACGCCAAAAACACUUACCGCACCACGCUCAAAUACAAUGCCAUGGGGUCCCGCCGCUGGUUCGUGUCCACGGUCCAACUCGAGUCCAGUGAAGACUCGAGUCCCUGCAUCAUCUACACGGAGGACUUGUAGGCACCUGUGUGGAGAGGGAAAUCCGGACUUAGAAAUUCUGAAGGAUGCCUGAUCAGAAAGGCCAAAGGGAGUACUCUGAAGUGACAAGACUGGAGCCCUGCAAACCUGUACAUUUGAAACAAGGGAGCGUUUAUUUUAUAAGGACUUUUUACUUAUAAAGAGAUGUACGGAGGCUACGUUUUGGUUAAACAUCUUAUUUAAUACAACAAAUUGGUGACUUUGGCUCUUUCAGUGUGAUAUAGGAUUGCCCUGUCGCACCAACUCUUUCUAAUUGACUUCUUUCUUGCACUUGCAAUUUUGGAUUUUCCCGCAUUGCAGUUUUGAGUUUCAGCAAUGCUUUUUAAAAUGGACCAAAGAAAGUUGGAGAGAAGUAGGACAAGAAGACGAUGUCAACAACACCAGCUGCUCGUCAAGUAUGACCAGGCUCUUUAAAUUAAGAUUACGAUUGAUGAAAAGAUUUAUUUAGGGAAGAUUUUGUAAAUGUGUUUUUUCUAGGUAUUUUACUCUGUUUUUGUUUUUUGUGAGAUAAAGCAAACAAUUACAUAGCUAUUUCUUACACCUCUUUUUCACAUCAUUGUUUUUAAUGAUAAAAAAGGGACACAGGCUAAUCUAGUUUUUACAAAACACUACAAAAGCUUUCAAAGAGUUAUGGUGGCAGAUCAAAACUUUACCUCAAAUCUUUCCAUAUCUUUUGAUUCAUUGCAAUUGUAUAGUCUUCAAUAUGCAACCUUGCAAUUUUUGUGUGAUUCUGAGCAUUGUAAAUGAACUGUGGAUAGAACAUUAAAGUGGGUUUGCAAAAAUAGGUGAGAAAAGUUCUUUGUAAAGUCUAAUUACAUUGGGAUGUGUAACAAGUUAGCAUUUGUAUGUAACCGUUAUUGUAGGUGAGAUAGCAGAAAGCCUUGUUAUGUGCUGAUGGUUAGAGGAAGAUGAGAGAAAGCCAGCGGAUGUGGAGUUGAUGUUGGUGAGAUUGUUGUAUUUGUUUUCCUAACACUUUUGUUACUGUAAAAUAUUCUCCUGUUGUACUGUAUAUGUGGCACUUCAUAAUUUUCUUUUUAUUUUUGUACGCUGAUCCUUGUUCCUAUUCUGUUCAAAGAAGAUAAUUUAAAAAGAUGUUUAUCCUCAUUGAAUAAAAAUAAUUCCCCAAUCCU